AUGAAUUCCUCUGCCAAUGUCAAAAUAGGAGGUUAUGAUAUCCCAUCAAAUACAGGGAAAUUCAUCAAUAUUUGGGCAAUUCAGAGGGAUCCAAAUACUUGGAAAAAACAGAGGAGUUCUAUCCAGAAAGAUUUGGACCCUAUUGAUUUCAAGGGUCAAGAUUUUGAAUUCAUCCAAUUUGGAUCUGGAAGAAGAGGGCGCCCUGGAGUGUCAUUUGGUCUUGCAGUGGUGGAACUUCUAGUUGCGAAUCUCUUGUACCGGUUUGACUGGAAAUUGCCAGGUGGUGCUUCAUGUGAGGAUCUAGACAUGACUGAAGAUUUUGGGAUGGGAGCAGUUUGUAACUCAAGAAAUGAAGCUAUAGUAUAG